AAGCUCAAACAGGUCAUCUGAGGUCAGAUAAAAAAUGGCGAUCGGCAACUAACACUGAACAACACCAUGAACAAGCAUAGGCAAGAACAAGAAGGCAGCAUGUAAGUGAACGACAGAACAGUGGGAUCGCAAAUAUUAUGAGAGAUACGUUACGGGACAACUAGCCUACCCAAUAAAAAAUUAAGCUUCCAUGCCAACACGAGGAAGAGAAUGGCGCAGUGGCUCACAAGAGAGUAACCGGCAAGCUUGUCUUCACAAGCUGCGGUUUCAUCCGAAACCUUCAGAGAGCACUUGAAACUCUUUCUACCGGCUGGACGUCCUCAUCAGUAUUUCCUUGACUAUGAUCAGUUGACCACAGGUUUGGGAGUUUUGAAGUUCAGAGCUGACAAAAAAACCUAUAAACCUGGCCUCACCAUGAAAGGGGGGUUUUGUUCGUGUGUGUGUCACAUGUGGAUAGUCCUUACAUUUAUUCAUGUGUUAUGUCAUCAUGGGACUCUUGCGGAGGAAGCAGGAACCAAUCAUCAGUAUUCAGUAGAGGACCAGUUGUCAGCUUGUGAUAUCUUCAAUGAGACAGAUGUAGUUCCCGACAUUCAGAUUGACUUUGCCACCCAGUUCGUUAGUAACGAGUAUAUCGUAGUUUUCAAGAAGUACUACUUUGAGCAGACUAGACUGAAUUACAUCUCGGCAGCGUUGAGACUCAGUCAGCCAAACUCAUGGAGCGUGGUCCCACGUUUGAAUCCUGCCGCCAAAUACCCAAGUGACUUUGAAGUGCUCAGGAUAACGGAAGAUGAAGAGAUCAGCGUGCAAUCUCUAGAGCACCAUCCAUCUAUUAAGCAGGUUACUCAUCAACGACAGAUUACCCGCUCCAUCAAGUCAGCUGCUGAGGAGGAACAUCUGCGAGAUGAGGAUGAAGACGAUUCAAAUAUGUGCAAUAGUGCCAUUGAUCCUCUGUGCUGGGCUCCACAGUGGAAAUCCUCUAGAUCGAUGAGACGUUCCAGUUUAGGCUUGGGAUCGCCCUUUUGGGAGACAGGACGCCAUUCGGGCAGGAAGCUUCUUCGCGCCGUCCCGAGAGAAAUCACCGACAUCCUGCAGGCCAAUGUGCUUUGGGAUUUGGGUUUCACAGGAACUGGUAUUAAUAUUGCCGUCUUUGACACGGGACUGAAGGAGAAACACCCCCAUUUCCGGAAUGUAAAGGAGCGCACCGACUGGACCAACGAGAAGAAACUCCAUGACGGGCUGGGCCAUGGCACUUUUGUGGCAGGGGUGAUCAGCAGCACCUCUGACUGUAAGGGUUUUGCCCCCGAUGCUAACCUUUACAUCUUCAGGGUAUUCACAAACAAUCAGGUUUCAUAUACAUCCUGGUUCCUUGAUGCCUUCAACUAUGCCAUCCUCAAGAAAAUCAAUGUCUUGAAUCUCAGCAUCGGGGGACCAGACUUCAUGGAUCAUCCAUUUGUGGACAAGGUGUGGGAGUUAACAGCCAACAAGGUGAUCAUGGUGUCGGCAAUAGGAAAUGAUGGACCGCUCUAUGGGACCCUCAACAAUCCAGCUGAUCAGAUGGACGUGAUUGGUGUGGGUGGCAUCAACUUUGAGGACAAAAUCGCCAAGUUUUCAUCGAGAGGCAUGACAACCUGGGAGUUACCCACGGGCUAUGGCCGGCUGAAACCAGACAUCGUGACUUACGGCUCCACCGUACGCGGGUCUAGCCUGAGUGGCAGUUGCAGGACCCUCUCUGGGACCUCGGUAGCUUCGCCAGUGGUAGCGGGGGCCGUGGGAUUACUGGCAAGUGCUGUCUUGGAUCGUCAGGAGAUUCUGAACCCGGCGAGUAUGAAGCAAGCUCUCAUGGCGUCAGCGAGGCGUCUCUCAGAAGCUAACAUGUUUGAGCAAGGACACGGGAAACUAGACCUAGUCAGAGCAUACCAGGUACUCAGUACCUACAACCCACAAGCUAGCCUGAGUCCCAACUACAUCGACAUGACUGAGUGUCCAUAUUUCUGGCCCUACUGCACUCAGCCUAUCUACUACGGAGCAAUGCCCACUAUUGUCAAUAUCACCAUACUUAAUGGCAUGGGCGUGACAGGACGUGUUGUUGAGAAGCCAGUGUGGCAACCUUUUACCCCGCAGAAUGGCGACAAAAUCGAGGUGGCUUUGUCCUACUCCAACAUUCUGUGGCCGUGGUCUGGUUUCCUGGCUGUCUCCAUCACGGUGUCAAGCAGUGCAGCCUCCUGGCAGGGCAUAGCACAAGGGCAAAUAACACUCACCGUAGAGUCACCACCAGGGACGGGAGAGGACAAGCCGCGGCAGUCAGUUCUCAAGCUACCAGUGAAAGUACAGAUCAUCCCCACGCCCGCACGCAACAAACGUAUCCUGUGGGACCAGUAUCACAACCUACGCUACCCACCGGGGUACUUCCCGCGCGACAAUCUACGCAUGAAGAACGAUCCCUUAGAUUGGAACGGGGACCACAUCCACACCAAUUUCAAAGCCAUGUAUGAACACUUGAGGGAAGCUGGGUUCUUCGUGGAGGUUCUUGGAGCACCGUUCACGUGCUUUGAUGCCAAACAGUAUGGGACUCUCCUAAUUGUCGAUCCGGAGGAGGAGUUUUACCCGGAGGAAGUGUCCAAGCUGAAGCGUGACGUUGAUCAAGGGUUGUCCGUCAUCAUCUUUGCCGACUGGUACAACGUGACCGUCAUGAAGAAGGUUAAAUUCUAUGACGAGAACACAAGGCAAUGGUGGAUGCCGGAUACCGGUGGCAGCAAUGUCCCGGCCAUUAAUGAUCUGCUGGCUCCAUUCGGCAUGGCGUUUGGGGACGGUGUCUACGAAGGGGAGUUGUCGCUCGCCGAUCACAAAGCCUCGUUCCUCUCUGGUAGUGGUAUCGUCAAGUUCCCCUCCGGAGGCCUCCUCAUCCACCACACCUUGAGAGACCAGGGGGAGGACGUCAUCCUGGGCAAGGGGGACCUGGUCAACAGCGUGCCCAUCCUGGGGAUGUAUCAGCACAGUCUGGAGUCGGGCCGCAUCGCUCUGUAUGGAGACUCCAACUGUCUGGACAGCAGUCACAUGAAGACUGAUUGUUUCUGGCUGCUGGAAGCCCUCAUGCAGUACACGGCCUUCGACAACGUGGCUCCCAUGUUCAGCCAAGCCAAGCGCAACCCUCUGCCCCCAGCCACAGCAUUGCCUACGAGGAUGGAAGGCAACCACCUGUAUCGGUACUCCAAAGUGUUGGAUCCUCAUCAGCUAGGGGACCCAAAGCCACGCCCCCUACCCGCCUGCCCCCAUCUAGCGUGGGCCAAAGGAGAACCUCUCAACAUCUCAGCUCCCAGUAAUCUCUUCAAACACCAGAAGUUGCUCUCCAUCCUAGAGGGAGCCCCACCCCCAGCCGUGGUGGCUGUCAACAUGAGGCGGGAUGAGCCCAACGUGCCCGGUCUCUUGCGGGAUGACGAGGGCGCCGGCUGGGACCCGCAGCUGAACUCGGGCAGCCUGGUGGUGUCGGACAACUGGAGCCUGGUCACCUUCCUGGCAUUUGCCUCGGGUGUCCUGGUGCUGGGCUUCUUCGUCCACCUGUUGUGCCGCAGCCGACGGAAACGACAGAAGCCUGUCACAUGGCGGAAAAGACCGGCAAAGCUGAUGCGCAGGACAAGAUACUCCAAGAUUCCAGCUGUAUAGCACUGCAGGGCACUUUUCUUGUACAUAAAGUGUGAGAUAUUUUAUAUCAUGAUCGGUUCAUAAAAGAAAUUGUAUUUGGUGCACACAGGACAUUCAGGUGUGGUUCUACAAACCAGGCGCUUCUUCAGUGGCAUCAUUUCCAUCUCAUCGGUUCCCACCCAUCAACUGCUCAUGUGCUCCCAAAGCUUAUUCCCUCCAUACCCCUUCAGGGUACAACUGUUCAAGUGCUUACUCCAUGUGAACUUGAUACCCUGUCAGUGUCAAUUUGUGGCUCGCUUCAUACCAACCCGUCCUCUCGGUGUCCUGGCACUGCUCGCCCAUCGUGGACUUCGUGACCAGUCAUCGUCAGUGCGAGCAUCCGGUGCUUACCCGAUGUGCACUCGGUGCUCAGGCAACAUACACACAAUAAUCACUCGAGCGUGACCCGGUGUUUCUGGUGCAUGCCGAAUUAAUAUGCACACAACAGCGCUUCAUUGCACCUUGGACGUCGGCCUGACGCUCUACUAGUCCCCCCGCUAGACGGUCAUUUAUGUUCCAAGCUCUCACCUCCCAGAAUUUCUAAUGAACUUAAUCAGUCACAGGUCAAGUGUUAUUGCUCAGCAAUCGAGCAUUAGCCAGUAGUUACAUGACAGCUAAUUUAUAGAAAUGCACUCGAGUGACGGGUGGCGACAGGGUUAAAAAAAAAUUAUUAAAGCUGGAUAAGGAUAGUAGAUAAGACUUGAAGCUUUGCAUGGUGGAGAUAGACUAAAGAGAGGGCUUGGGGUGACACCAUGGGGUUAGAUGUCUUCAGGAAGAGGUGUGAUUCUGAUAAGAACUGACCAGUGUGCUCUUCAGUCACUCCUCACUCCUGAGGAUGACCGGAGCACACUAGUUGAAACGUUGAGUUCACACUUAACGGCUCUCAUCAGAAUCAUGCCUCUUCCUGAAGAAAUCUAUCCACAUGGUGUCACCACAAGCCCUCUCUUUAUUCUAUAAAAAUAGUACUUCUAACAUUGGUAGACUCUGUCUUUCUGCAGGAGAAAGGAUUCUGUGUGGGGGGAAAAAUAGAGAUAUUUCAGUUUAAAUAUCGUACGGAUGUACCACUGUCUUUACGUUCUGGACUCUAGCCCUGAUUGGGUGCUUGGUUCACUACUUAAUGAAUGUAAAUGCAAAUAUGAUAUCAAGUGAGUUUUCUCAUGCAACAAUUUACUCUGUUUCAACAGUCCAAUUCCCACUCUGCCCAUCUGAAAAUGACAUCAAUGACAAGUGAUAUUUUUGUGUUAAGAUAUUUACAAAAAAUUUAAAGAUUUUCAGUGGUCUCGUUGAAAAAAAUGUCCCUGGAUCUAGCUGAUUUGAUAUAUGCUUGCAAAUAUUUCAGAAAUUUGCAUUCAAAAUAUGUUUCAGCACCCAAGGUCCUGUUGACACAUGCAUGCAACAGAGAAGGACAUGCAUUGUUAGACCUGUCACAGACUGUUCAUAGUGUUGCAUUUUCGGUUGCCUCCAAGGUUUGUUAACUAUUUUAAUUAAAACUUUCGUAGGGGUUUGUAUCAAAUAACUUAAUGUAUAUAAAUGAACAGGCAUCAUUUAUAAAGCCACUUAGUGUUUGAUACUUUAUCAGUUGGCGCGAUUAUUGAUGCAUGUGAUUCAAGUAAAAGACAGUCUUGGGGUUUCUUUCUUUUUCGACGCGUUUGUUUCCUUCUCAACUCUAUGAUGUUUCCUUUUUAAAUACCGGCCACUUUGUGUGGAGGUUUUUCAACAAAUAAAUUCCUUAUGAUUCUUUUAGGGGAUGCAAUUUCUCCGGUCGUUGAUUUUCAAAUGAAAUUAGUGUCCCACGUACUUCUAGUUGUCUCUUCUCUGUUAGUAGCAUAAAUCAUGCUUCAGUCCAGAAAUCGGAUUACAAUUUCGAUUUACUGGAGCUGAUUAUUGAGGGGGAAAAUGGUUGUUAGCUGAUCCUCGCGUGUGCUGUACUUAGUCAGACCAUGGACCAACAUUACAGCUGUUUCCGUGGUAAACCAAAGACAGGCAAUCAAUUUCGAAUUCAGGAAUUUUGGCGAGAAACACGCCAAGAGGAAUACUUCUUUUUGGCAGCAAGGACUGUGGUCGUCAUGUACGCGUGCGACUGCUGAAUUAAAAGUAGCCAUUUAUUUGCAUACGGACAUACAACAUGUACAUCUAGGACCUUAAUUGGCAACUCAAGAGUGCACUGGCUUGAUACUAUUACUAGAAUAAAAAGCUGUUAGAAAAAUUCCGGAGCACUUCGCAGAGGUGUGAAGUCUCAGCAUAAAAAAAUUAAGACUUCAAGAUUUUUGCCUCUAAAACUUUGAAAGUUUAGAGUUUUAAUCUUUCAAGUUUUGCUACCUUUUGUACUUUGUACCGUACACAAAACCAAAGCCGUGCAGGACUACCUAGCCCAGAACAGUCAGCGUAUUCUUUAGCGUUGUCACCGUUACAACUCCUUUUGCCAGAUGUGUUAUAGAUUACCUUUUCCCCAAGUUUUAAUUUUUACGUAUGCAUUAUGGUCUAUUUCUUUUCCCCCCUGCUUUGGGUAUUGACAAAAUAUUGUACUGCUGUUCUGUUCUACAUAAUCUCAUCUGCUCUCAGCUGCACGACUAGCAUACGAGUGUAAAUAUGACCUGUUAUUUUUUAUCUUAAGGUCAAACUUGAAUUGUGACAGCUCUGCUCAGAGAUAGAGGAAAAGAUCGGGUCUGCGAGAUUUGAAUCAUGGUAACUUGGGAAUACUUGAGAGUGGAUAAGUACAUGCAUAUUAAGAAAAAAAAUUUAAAAAGGGAGGGGCUGUCUGUCUAAAAAGUGUUCUCGUAUUUUUCUUCCAGGGAAUCUGUAGGUAAGAAGACUGUUGAACUCUAGAGCCAUACGUUGUUUUCUGAGGAAUUUCCGGGGGGGGAGGCCACUGUCUUCUCGAGGGUUGUAAAGGCUUACAGUGCGCUUUGUUGCCACCGCGUUUCCCGUGAAAAUUGCCUCUGACUUAGCCCUGAGGCUUAAAAAUCUUUUUUUAAAUGUUUUUGACCUAUUGUUUAUUUAUUCAGGUAUCGUAACUUUGUGUAUCUGUGGCACUCGGGAUCUUCCCUAAGCCCAGAUUAUUCAUGUUUUUUCCACCAAGAUUUUUAACUGUCGUCAUUCCGAUCUCUGUGAUGAGCUGCAGAUUACUGAGAAUAGGUUAAACUAACGCAAAUGCCAAUUAUGCGGUUUCUCGAAUUUGGCUUCCAAAUUGUAGCCUGUUGAAUGUGUUAGCACAUUUUCUAACUUGGGAAUAAUGGUUGAAAGGCAGAACAUUUUCUGAGUAUUUUUCAAAUUCCUUAGUACUGCACUUUUGUGGGGAAUACUGGUGUUGUUUUCUUUUUUAAGUGUUAGCGAAUUUUCAAAAGAGAAGGAAUGUAAAUGUGAAUUGAUAUGUAUAUUUUUUUGCCCCUUUAUAUGAAACGAGAAUAGAAAAUAAAUGAAAAUUUACCAUUAGGCAUACAUUAA